AUGGCCCUCACUGAAGCACAACUUCGCACAUUGACUACAGUCGAGCGUGUUGCUUCGAUUCUCUCCAUCUUGGGAGUCAUCACGAUCAUCGGCACAUUUGCCUUUUCGCGGCAUUUUCGCAAUCCAAUGCACCGCCUGAUCUUUAUCAAUGCGUUUUAUAACUUGUUUGACUUCAUUGCGACGAUGAUCGCGACAAGUGGGCCCGCGGCAGGCAACAGCUCGCCCUUGUGUCAGUUUCAAGGCUUUUGUCUCCAGAUGUUUCCUAUGGCAGAUGUCCUCUGGACGCUGGCGAUGGCCUGCGAUGUUUUCCUGGUAGUCUACUAUCAAUUCGACGUGCGGGACUUGCGCAAGCUUGAGACAUGGUAUAUUGCUAUCAUCACGUCCUUGGUAUUUAUUCCAGCGAUCGUCUUUUUAUUCAUCCAUACACCGGAGAAAGGACCCAUGUAUGGUAGCGUAACUCUCUGGUGUUCGAUAUCUCCCAAUUGGGUCGUCUUCCGGAUCGUGUUCUACUACGGACCGAUAUGGUUCCUCAUCCUGAGCGUGCUACUUUUCUACAUCCUCGUCGGCAUCAAAGUAAUCAAACUGCGGCACCAGUUCAAUCUCUCCCAUACAGACCACAUCGCUCUUUCUUCCAACAUUUCCAGCAACAAUCAGGCCUUUGACCAGCCCAAAAACACAGUCGCUGUCACCGUCCAAAUUAAUAUCCAAUCCCAGCCCGCCGCCCAUGUUUAUCCCUCCCCGAGCGAGCAAAAGCCCCAAUCAUCGCGCAACGAUGUCUCCUUCCGCAACGUCACCCCAGAGCAGAAACGGUCCAAGCAUUCCAACGUAUCUUUCAGACAAUACAUCCUCAUGCCAAUGGUCUUCUUCCUUGUCCUGCUGGCCACAUGGGUUGCCCCCACGAUCAAUCGGUUAUCCGCCCUCGUAAACCCGAGCCAUGUUUCCUAUCCAUUGCUGCUGGCCGUCGGAGCAAUGGGAUCGCUGCGGGGGUUUUGGAACGGGGUGGUGUUUAUCACACUGGGAAUGAAGGGCUGGAAGAGGGAGAUGAAGCUGCGGUUGGUUGAGGCUUGA